AUGGCAUUUGUAUCUGGUAAUCCAAGUCUGAAGAGGCUUGAAGGUGGCUGGCAUCAUGUGACCUGGGGGACUGUCGGCAGGAUGACCCCGUCGGCGAACUCCGUCCCCCCACCCUCCUUUCUUCAACUCGACGACGAGGAGACCGCAAAGCCUCCCCAGAAGCGGUUCAGCAGGUCUCCCUUUCGUCGCACACCACACCCGAAGCCCAGCAAGGACAGCGUGUCCAAUGGGGCGCGCAGGACGCACACAUCAGAUGCAGAGAACAGCGAUGGUGGACCCAGUACUACGAACGAAAUUGGGGAACUGUCAUUGAGCGACGGAACGACGACGUUGAAGCCGCAUGUGUAUGACCAGCAGGAAUUCCAGGAUCAGUACCAAUGGGCUAUCGUGUACGAGAAUCAAAGAGGCCUGAAUAUAUUCUCCACGGCUUACUAUUCACAUCUUUCUCUACUCCCCAAUGACCCCCUGCCGUUUACCAUGCCCAAUGCUGGCAAGCACCGUUCUCAGCAGUUCAAAGUCUCCCUGUCUAAUUACCCUUUACCCGAUGGUUCUUGGCAUUGGGCCUCCAAGUCCUGGAUGGUGGAUAUGCGAGGUGCCACUGGGCAGGUACAGCACGACGGAUUCGAGUAUAAUUUGCUUUUCCGGAAACACAAGUGGCACGCUGCCUCAAAGCUGAGUAGCGGGGCAUUCGUGAGGCGUAGAAGGUGGUUGCGACUCAUGGUCAGGCCUGCAAGGCAAGAUACACAUAAAGCGAGCCACCAUACCAAUAGCAACGAUGAUAGCGACACCCAUCCUGUGCGUCGUGAGUCUCCGGAUGCGAUCUCAAUGGGCACAGCACAGGAUCCCUUUGAAGUUUACCCUCGCGAAGUCUUUGUGGGCGAUGAUGCCGACGAGGAUUGGAAGCGGUGUCACACCCUUCUGAAGUCUGCGGGACGCGAUGGGAAGAAGCUUGAGCUGUGGCAUCGAUGGCUCGGCCUGAAGCACAUGGAUCUGUCAAGUACGAUUGGAAAGUCGAAGAUGCGCCGACAAGUCGUCAAGAAGCAAUGGUCAGAGGACAGCGAGCCAUUACCUUCUGAAGUCGCAGCGCACGAUGCGAGGAUUGCCCAUGUCCCCGUAUCUGAUCCGCCCGUGCAGCAGAUUGGUGCAGUCUUGAAAAUACACGCAAAUCACAUCAUGGAAUCUUUCGUUUAUCCGGAAUCUCGUGCGCAUCUCGUCGAGCUGUUCGCUCUCGCCGGGGCUCUUCCUUAUAUUAGAGGUGAUACGUCGAGUUGGCUCGCCAGAUCUUUGGACUUCUACAGCUACAUCAAAGACUUGGAGAUACGGUUCUCUGUGCAGGGAGGAAAAGCUACUACAGUCGAUUUUUAG